AUGCCGCUUUUCUCCACCACCGCAUCCGGUGAGAAGGACGCCGCUGGCGUCACUGAGCGACCGUUGCAUUUGUCUUUUGAUCCACCGCCGCUCCUUCGGGUGGAUCCUGUUGCGGUACUGGCGGGCCACGAGGAUCGCGUGUGGUGCGUGGCCUGGUGCCCGACGGCAAACGUAUUGGCCUCAAGUUCUGCUGAUAAAACAGUACGACUAUGGAGUUGCUCGCAACACGCAUCUGCUGUUGAUGGUCAGCAGCAGCAGCAUGGGAAGGAAAGUACCGUGUGGGAGUGCAUUUAUACAUUGCAGGGUGAACACAGUCGAACGGUUCGUCACAUUUCGUGGAGUCCCAGCGGGGAGUAUAUUGCCUGCGCCUCUUUUGAUCGCACGGCAACCGUGUGGAAACGGGCAUCUGACGGUCCAAGUCUCUUUGAGUUUGACCUGGAGGCUGUCCUUGAAGGACAUGAAAGUGAAGUGAAGUGUGCGGCAUGGCUAACGGACAGCACAUUGGCGACGUGCUCACGCGAUCGCACUGUUUGGGUGUGGGACCGCGUUGACGUUGGUGAAUUCGAGUGCGCCGGCGUGCUUGCAGGGCAUGCGCAGGAUGUGAAGGCGUGUGCUUGGAUCCCGCCCCUCGAGGGAAGCGCGAAGCCGCUUCUGCUCUCGUGCUCCUACGAUAACACUGUGAAGGUCUGGACAGAGUCGCACCGCCGCGAUGAUUGGUACUGCCUUCAGACGCUAACACGGCACGAGGAGACGGUCUGGGCUCUCACCGUGCAGCCUGUCGAGCAGUCCAUUGAGAACCUGCUGGCGGAGGGGGGAAAAGAGGGAGGGGCGGCGCCUCGCCUCCACCAGCCCAUCAUCUGUUGUUGCUCGGACGAUAAGAGCGUGACCUUCUGGAAGUGCAACGCUGAAGGAAAGUUCCAGGUGGUUGCCACCGCCACGGGCUUUGCCGCACGCUCCAUCUACAGUGUGAGUUGGGCCCCCAGCCGCUGCGGAGCCAUUGUGGCGUGCGGCAGUGGCGACAACAAAAUCACCAUCCUGGGGCUUCACCAGUCACCUGGGAACAAGGAGGUGCACGUUGCCGUCCUCGCAGAAGUUCCGUCUGCGCAUGAAGCGGAUGUGAACAGUGUCGCCUUCUGUUCAUUUCCUCAGGGAACACAGGAUGAUAACAAGGAAGCUAUGAGCGGCAACAGUGACGACGGCAGUGUGUUGCUGGCUUCCGGAGGCGACGACAACAUGGUUCGCCUUUGGCGUGUGGCAGCGGCGUAG